AUGGCCAAGCUCUCCGGCCGGUCCGCGAGCCUCCGUGCGGCGCCGGCCUCCUCCCACGAGCGCAGCAGCUCCGCCUGGAUCUGGGGAGGCGGUCGUGGGUUGUGUGGUGGCCGAUGGGGCGCGGCCACGGGGGGCGCCGCCGGUAUGGAUCAGACGGAGGCCGUGGGUUUCGCCAGAGAUGAGAUGAGGAUGUCUAAGCGACGACGCCGGGGCGAGGAGGGUGAGUCCCGCUGCCAUGACCGCAGCGGCAACAAGCACAAGAGCCUCUAUCUGGUUCUAGACGACUGGCACAGGGGCUUCACCAUCCGCAAGCUUGACGCUGGCAGCCCUGACCUAAGCACCCCUCCUGUCGUCCGGCUAGUGUCACCUGCGCGUAACCUUACCUUUCGAACUCGAAGGCUACUUCGACGCCGAGCUAGAUGCAUGGGUUGGGCUACACCCAGAUGGCUACAUCUGCUCCUGCCAAGUUCCCUCCCUCAGCAGUAG